UUCCACACCGGAAGCUUAAUGCGGACAAGGGGUGAGACAGGACGAAAUACGCCGAUUGGGAUGCUUACUGACUUUGCAUUCAAUACAUAAACCAGCCAUUUAACUCAACAAUUUCCCCUCCGCCAUACAAGAGUCGGUCUACCAAGUUCAAAACCCCAAUUGACCUCGAACUCCUAACCGCGGGUCCGGGAUUCAUUUCGUGGAACGAGACCAAACUCAGAGAGCCGAGACCCUUUCGACCACCACCGUACCGCGGGGCGCUUACUCCCACCCCACCCAUACCCUGACGACCGCGAUUCGGCACUUCGACAGCGUGAUUCCUCACCAUGUCCUGGGGGGAUGACCGGAAUGGCCAGGGGCCGAUGAAAUCGUCUCCGCAGGCGCAGAUUCAACCGUGCCGAUACAAGACGGGGAAGACGCUGGGGGCGGGGUCGUAUUCGGUGGUGAAAGAGUGCGUGCACAUCGAUACGGGACGAUACUAUGCGGCAAAGGUGAUCAAUAAGAGGUUGAUGGCGGGGCGAGAACAUAUGGUGAGGAACGAGAUUGCGGUGCUCAAACGCGUAUCGAUGGGCCACAGGAACAUUUUGACGCUGGUGGAUUACUUUGAGACGAUGAACAACCUAUAUCUCGUAACAGAUCUCGCGCUCGGAGGCGAGCUAUUCGAUCGCAUCUGUCGGAAAGGAAGCUACUACGAAUCGGACGCCGCCGAUCUGAUGCGGGCAACCUUGUCGGCCGUCGCAUACCUUCAUGACCAUGGGAUCGUACAUCGAGACCUGAAGCCGGAGAACUUACUCUUCCGAACGCCCGAGGACAAUGCAGAUUUGCUAAUUGCGGACUUUGGGCUUUCGCGGAUCAUGGACGAGGAGCAGUUCCAUGUCCUGACCACCACGUGCGGUACACCUGGAUAUAUGGCACCGGAAAUCUUCAUGAAGACCGGCCAUGGAAAACCAGUCGAUAUCUGGGCCAUCGGCGUCAUCUCUUACUUCCUCCUCUGCGGCUACACCCCCUUCGACCGCGACUCCAACCUCGAAGAAAUGCAAGCCAUCCUCGCCGCCGACUUCUCCUUCGAGCCCAUCGAGCACUGGCGCGGCGUUUCCGAGACCGCCCGCAGCUUCAUCCGCCGCUGCCUCACCGUCGACCCCAGCAAACGCAUGACCGCGCAGGAGGCGCUCUCCCACCCAUGGAUCUCGGGCGACGCACGGCAAACGGACACGGACCUGCUGCCGGUGGUCAAGAAGAACUUCAAUGCGCGGCGCACGCUGCACGCGGCGAUCGACACGAUCCGGGCAAUCAAUCAGCUACGGGCGGGCCAGGGGGCGGCGAUGAUGGACGGGGCGUUGAGCAAGGAUCCGACGCCGGCGGCAAAGGUGCCGAUGCCGCAGGAGGAGGAGGUGAAUGCGGAGGAGGCGGUGAUGGAUAGUCGGGGGAAUGCGCGGGGACAGACGGAGGAGAUGAUUCGGGAGCAGGAGAGGAGGAUUAGGGAGACGCAGGUGGGAUUGUGGGGUCGGACGGGGGGAGGUACUUGAGGAUGGGGGGUGGCAGGAUGAUGAUUGGAAUUAGCAUUGGCAGUGGGAUCAUGGUUGAUUGAGCGA